AUGGCAGGGAUUUCAUCCACCGCCGCCUCAUCGGUACUCUCCCCGUCGAGUAGUUCCGCGGCGUUGUUUUCCGGGGGUGCUUUCAGCUCGAUGCUAAGCGGCAGCACGGGAGCAGGACUCGGAAGCAGCAUAGCCGGGGUUUGCUCCACCGGCAGCACCGGCGGAAGUAUGUAUGAUAAAAAGGCGAUGUCAUCUUGCCGCUAUCAGCAAGAGAAAUCGUCUCUAGGGCAGCUUGCUGCGUCCGCCUCGGUUGGGGACUAUUUUCCGGAAAAUGCCGGUGUCGGUAGCGGUUCCGCGGCAGCGGCCGUGGCAGCAGCUGCAGCCGCCGCUAGUCGUAUGUUAGGCCACGGAUCGCCUAUUGUGCCCCCCUCGGCAUACUCGUCAUUCCAAGAGUCGGCCCUUGCGGCGGCUGCAGCCGCUACCCAGCACCAGCUGCACUCGCACCACAGUCAGCAGCAACAGCAGGCGCAUAUACAGCCCCAGCAGGUAGCAGUUAACAAUAGCUUGUUUUCACCCCAUUUUGCCACCAGCUCGCCGUAUCCGUCGAUGCAGGUUGGUAGCAGCGGUAGCAGUAGCAUUAGCGCUUACGAAACUAGCACCGCUGCACGGUCGUGUGCGCUUCCGUCGCCAACGAUCUAUCCGCCGACGCCACCACCGUCGGCUCCAUGGAUUCAUCCUUGGUACGGUGGUGAUACGUUUUAG